CGAUCCCUUUCCGUUGCUAGUAUUGACUUUCUGGUAUAAGCCUUUUAAGGCACCAUACGAAGAUCGUUAAGUCAAGUCGUUAAGUAGAAGAUCGUUAAUUCAAGACGAAUUGAUUACGACAAUUUUGAAGAUGUUUAUGCUGUUCUAUCACCAGGUCACGCAUGUUAGCUCACAACUAGGCUAUUUAUGACAAUUUCGUCUGCCAUUUUGGUAUACGAAAGAAAAUGAUCGAUUCCAGUUUAGAUUCGAAAUCAAAAAACUUAAUGAUCCAUCGCAAUACGCAUUGCAUUGAUGAUUGAUUCUUUUGGUACACAAUGAUCUUUAUAAACUGAUUAAAAACAUAUUUUUUUGUUUCUUUACUGUACCCAUACCACAUAAGAGCACUAUAUUAUUACAGUAUUUGAAAAAUCAAUUCCGAAAGACAUGGUACAAAUUGUCUCACAUGUAUAUGCUAUCCGAUCGCUGGAAGAGUCGCUGUCCUCAGCGCUAUCGCAGCCACGAUGGGAAAGACCCUCGGUUGGUGUUUGUGAGUGAAGGGCUCAUCAAUCGAUGAUCGCUUAAUUCCAUGCUGCGAGCUAUUUCUUUUCCCUUCUUGUGCAGUUAUCAGUCGGGCCUGACCAAUACAAACAUAGUUCCCCCCUUAGCAAGCGAUAAGGCAUCGGGGUGCGUUAACGCCGAGACCGCUAGAGGAAGAAAGCAUCAAAAGUGCUCAAAUAAUAGAUUAAGGACUUCAGUCUAGUGCGGCGACUCGACAAGUGCGCGGUUUUUGUGUGAUAGUUUAGUUCUUCUUGAAGGCCCUCGUUGAUUAAGGGCACAAUAGGAAGGAAGUGCCUUCGAAACCGUUGACUGUGCAGCUGUUAGGUUAAGCGCGGUGUGGCCGUUAGUGGACGUGUAGCGACAAUACCGUAUGGUACCGAAGAGAUACACGUUUUCGAACCGCAUUCGUACACCAACAUGCCCGAGAUGGUUGCUUUCAAUAGCCCAGAGACGGUCAUCCCGACCACCUCCGGUACCGAUCGACCAAGGAAACCGCUCAAGAGGAGAACGAGUGCAUUGAAUACCAUAUUUUAUUACCUCGGUCUAGAGCAGCGAACCGGUGAAGAUGCCAAAGAAAACCAGUGCAUCCGAAUACUUAUAUUUGCCAUUCUAUUUGUAGUAUUUGUAGCAAGUGCAAUUGGAUUCUUCAUCAUGUGGUGCACUAACAUGUACAACGAUUCCCUACUAAAGCAAUUAAUACUUAGAGAAAAUUCCACUGCAGCAGAAUGGUGGGCUAGACCACCGGUAUACCCGUUACUUAAGGUGCACGUAUUUAACUACACUAAUGCGCAGGAGUUCCUUGACGGUAAAGCAACCAAGCUUAAAGUGGAAGAUUUAGGCCCGUACGUUUACAAGGAAACGGCAAAGAAAGUGAACGUGACGCAUAAUGGUGAUGGAACCAUCUCAUACCGGGAGUAUCGCGACAUACAGUACCUGCCGGAAGAGUCUAAAGGCAAACCGUUCGAUCAGGUCGUGGUACCGAACGUAGUGUUUCUUACCGGAGUUUCCAAGAAACGGCAAGAAGGAACGUGGAAUCAAAUCACCUUUAAUGUGGCCGCUAGUUCGGCUGGAUCAUCCGCGUUCAUCAAGAAACCGGUGGAAUCCUUGCUCUGGGGAUACGAAGACGAAUUGCUAAGUCUCGCCAAAUCAAUGUUUGGCAAUGAAAUUGAAACUUCCAUGUUCGGCAUGCUAAUGACGCGCAAUGGUACCAGUGCGGAGAAUUUUACUGUCUUUUCUGGCGAAUCUAGUUUGCAGCAAUUGGGCAUUAUCAAACAAUUGGAUGGAAAACCAAGGCUGGAUCUCUGGCAUACGGAUGAGUGUGAUCAUGUCGGCGGAACCGAUGGGUCCCAAUUUCCACCCCAUCUGAUGGACCGCAAACAACCGCUGAAGGUGUUUAUCAAGUCACUGUGCCGAAAGUUCCCGCUCGCGUACGAUAGUGAGGUGACAGCACUCGACGGUAUUCCGGCGUGGCGGUACAAAAUUCCAACGAACGUAUUUUCGCAUCCCGACGAACACAUGCCAAACCAUUGCUUUUGCCAUCUCGAGUCCGGAUCGUGCCCACCGAGUGGAUUGUUUAACAUUACCGGUUGUUCGAUGGGUGCGCCCAUCUUUGCCUCGUUUCCGCAUUUCUACACCGGCAAUCGAAUGUUAGUCGAGUCGAUUGAAGGUUUGGAACCGGUGCAGGAAAAGCAUGAAACAUACGCCGACAUUCACCCACGGUUAGCUUUUCCGAUUGACGGUGCGUCACGGUUUCAGAUCAACGUGCAAGUGCAGAAGGCAGCCAUGAUAUCGGGGCUGGAAAAGUUUAACGAAGGCCAGUAUUUACCGGUGAUCUGGUUGGAAGUUGUGCCGGGCAUUAUUUCGGACGAACUGCGCGCCAUGAUCUAUCACAGCACGUACAGUGCUAAUGCCAUCCAGAUGUCACUGCGCGUCGGUACGCUGGCGAUCUUCGUGCUAUCAUUUAUACUGCUCAUUGCCAAAUGUUACUACCAGGCAAGAAGUUCCAGGAAAAAGUAAUGCUUAGCGUCUGCCGACUCAUGACUUGACCGUACACCGAAACGCUAGUUUCGUAAAGCCGCGUGGAGCUUCACGCCGAAAAAGCUCCUUUCCCACAUUUCACUAAUGAAUACUCACAAAUUCGCUGAGCGUAACGGGCAAGAUCCGUUCGGUAAUCGUCCGUCUCCCGUACACAUCGUAUGCCCUUCUGCAGUAAUAGCAUAGGAUUUUUCGCUCGUAACAAAGUACGUUCAGAUUGUUCGAAUGAUCGAUAGCAGAUUGUUUGAUACGCAGCUACAAGUGCCCUCGUUAGACGUUUUUUGCCUUUUUUGUUUUUUGUUUUAUUAUCUUAAGAUGAGCUUUAGGGUUCUCAUAGCCCUGGCUGCCUGCUAUUCUCUUCGCGUUAGUGCGCAACUAGAUGUGCCAGUUAGUAAGAAAUAAGUUAGAAUACGUUUUACGUAGUGUAUCUGUUUUGUUUUGUGUGUUUGUGUGUGUAUUUUUUUUUUAUUUGUUGCCGUAUCUUGUAAAUUAACUCCAUCCCUUUCUGCGUCUUUGCCCGAUCUAGCCUACAUCCGUGUAUGUAGUACGAUCACAUACCUGCUUCUACCACUUGCACCGAUAUGCAUGCGAACGGAGGAAAAAAUCGCUUUAGAACGUGCUUCGAUGCGCUGCAUUGCAUCGCUACACUGCAGUUGUAGCACCGGGGGGAGGAUCGUACUAGCUAAGCUAUUAGUGGGGCAGAUUGUUUCAGUACUGCGUAUUACGGUGCCCGAACCCGGGCCCCGUUCAAUUUGCCGCUGAGAACCGUUUGGUGGCGGUCUGAUAGUAGAUAAUGAUAAUAGCAAAGCCGUUUUGCCGUAAGUGACGUACCAUGUUGAAGGCAAUAAAACAAAUUCCGUUGCUGAUGUGUAGAUGUAAAA